UUGCUCAUCGAGCGAUGCGAAACGAAAUCUGAAAUCCGAUUAUGUGGAUGAUCUGCGAAAAUAGUUCGACGCGAGAAAUCGGAUUGCUUUCUGCUUUUCAUCAGGCCGCAGGAAAUUUGCUUGGUUGAAAACAAUUAAAGCUUUGUUUUCAAGCCUGAGUAUACACCAUCAUCAUUUAAGAACCAAAUUCGAGGGGCUUGGGAGGGCAAACUUAACAUUAAACUCAACUUAAUCGAAUUAGCUGUACACGAAGGAGAAGAGGUUGAAGACCUAAUUCUAUUUAUCAUUACUUGUCAAUUGUUAAAGAAGUGUUUUUAGGGUUCUAUCGUCCUCCUGUCAUAUUAACACUGGAUCAUCUCAGCCAUGCACCGCUCCAAAGACGCUUACGAUAUUUUGAUCAUCCGUUUUGAUCUUAAGACAGAUUAGUUUCGUGAUAGGUAUCUCUGAUAGGAGAAAUUACGGUUUUCAUUGCGAAUUUUACUGGUAACUUUAUAUCUGGUAAUCUUUAGGGAUUUUGUCGGGAUUUUACGUGGAUUUUUGACGCCUCUUUAUUUAGUGAUUUCUCAGACAAGGUUCAGUAAAAGAUUUUCAGAGUGAUACGCCCUCAAGAUAUCGCCCACGAAGGUUGGUCUUCGCUAGACCUAUUGAGAGAGCAGUUUACCUCGAGACCCACUACGAUGUAAAUAGGAUGAACAGCACCCACGUUUUCACGGCGACAAUUUCAUGGUUGAUUUUGAUUGUGUCUGUCGUUGGUAAUGUGGCGCUCAUUAUUGCGUUAAAGCACCAUUUCCGUCGUUCAUCACGGCUCUAUAUUUGCUUGAUGUUCAACCUCGCCGCGACUGAUAUUGUGUUCGUAGUUUCCUCAAUUCCUUUCACCUUCGUGGAGAAGCUUCACGCGCCACAGUUUCCAUUCGGCGCUGCUCUGUGUAAGCUACUGAUGCCUUUUCAAACGACGGCCGCCAUGACAGCGAUAUUUACCGUCGUGACACUGAGCUGUCAGAGAUAUUUCAUGAUAGUUCGUCCCACCGAGGAGCCGCAGGAAGGCCACAACUUGACGUUGUUUUUAACUGUGUUCAGUCUGUGGUUUCUACCGAUCGUUUUAGCUGCAAUUCCACUUGGAAUAGCAUUGAAAUACCAAAAUGAAAGAUGCCUGGAGUCUUGGCCGGACGUUUUCAAGCGUUGUUUCACAGUUUAUUUAACAGUGAUACAAUAUAUCGGUCCUCUGGCUGUUAUAACCUGGUGUAACGGGCGCGCUGUGGUGGAAUUAAAGAGGCAUGACCGCUAUCGAGAGAAUUGCGCAAUCAUCAAUGACGUCAUCCUGGAACGUCACAACAACGUCGUGCGCAUGCUCAUUUGCAUCGUGGUAGUAUUUGCUGUUUUUUGGUUUCCAGGGCAACUGGCGUGGAUAGCGGUCACCUUCUCGGAUGGUGGGGAAAAAUGGUACAGAAUACUAGAAGUAUCCGAGUUAUUUGUGUUUGCGAAUUCGGCGCUGAACCCUCUCAUAUUUUUUGUAUACAACGGCGAAUAUUCGUUUGGAAAGCUUGGAUACUUACUAAGAUUCAAACAGAAAUCAUCACAUUCGACAAGGUAUCGAGUUAGGACUGGUUCAGGAACGGCAGAUAUAUUGUCUGCGGUGUAGAAUGAUGCUGUUCCCUACGGUUCGAAGUCGGAUGUGCUCGUAGACGCCUCGGGAAAGCUCGGAAACUUUCGUCAUAUUGUCAUUGAGUUCUAAAAUGUAUUCUCUAAGCCGCAAGUAUGGUCCAUAUUAAUUUUGUGAACCUAUCAACGAGUUUUGUGAGGCAAAUCUCGAACAAACAUUCCUGUAGAAACACCAGUUGACGUCAUUCAAUUACAACCACCAACACAUUCAUAUGUAACUUUAGACUUUACUAUACCUUCCUUAGUCCCCACUCCCUUUCAAAGGGAGAGCCUGGUGGACUGGCUACUAACGCGGCUGGAAGACAAACUAUUGAAGCGAAAAAGAGAUGUUUCAAGAGGAACAUUUGCUUGGGCGAUGUUGAACAAGGACCAUUAAUACCAUAAAUGACAAUAGAUAGAACACCAAUAAAU